AUACUGUAAUUGCUUUUGAAACAAGCUUGCCAUUCUGCAAAUCCCAACUUGAUGAUCUGACUUCUGAGAAGCCGAUGCCGAUAUAUCUCCCUGCGUGCCUAAGAUUGGCAAGGAGUUGUCUCUUCAGGCGUGGAGUCGCCACCCGCUGCAAGCACAUCUUGCCCAUUAUGGCGACGGGCAAAUUGAAAAGUGAGAACUUCGACACGAUUCUCACAGACGAUGUGAUGCGAAUCGCCGACUUGAUACAGUCGGUCAAACGCAGCGACACAGGUGAAGGCCAUGAAGUUCGCCUGGUCGGUGGAGCAGUACGCGACUUGCUGAUGGACCGAGCACCCAAGGACGUGGAUUUGGCAACGACAAUGCUACCUGAGGCCAUGUUCGACCUGUGUGAAUCGAGUGGGUUUCGCACGAUCGCCACGGGUCUGAAGCACGGUACGAUCACGGUGGUGACGGAGAGAGGUCAGAACGUGGAGAUUACGUCACUGCGAGUUGACCAGGAGACGGACGGUCGGCACGCCACGGUGAAGUUCACCACCGAUUGGCAGCAGGACGCGGCGCGGCGAGACUUGACCAUCAACGCAAUGUCACUUUCCCUGGAAGGCACACUCUAUGAUUACUUCAGCGGCGAGCAGGACAUCCUGGAUCGGCGCGUGCAGUUCGUCGGUGACCCGGUGAAGCGCAUUCGAGAGGACUAUCUGCGCAUUCUGCGCUACUUUCGUUUCCACGGCCGCAUAGCCAAGGACCCACUGGUGCACGACGAGAUCACGAUCACCGCAAUACGCGAGCUGCGCGACGGCCUUAAGCAGGUCUCCGUGGAGCGGGUGUGCUUGGAAAUGGCGGCGCUGGUGACGGGACCGAACGCCCCCGGCGAGCUGCACACCAUGUACGACGUCGGCGUGGCGGAGAGAAUACGCUUGCCGGUGCCCGGUCGCCAUGACGAAUUUGAACGCGUGUGGCGAGUUCACCAUGGAUACGGCGGUGGUGACGGCGCUGCGGAAGUUAAGGGCCGAAAGCUGUCGUUUGUCUCGCUCCUCUUGGCGCUGCACGACGAGGAGACGCUGAUGGCCGCGUUCGCCGAGCGCUGGAAGCUGUCGCGCGUGCAGCGCGCCCUGAUGGUGUUCGUGGCCGACAAUCGCAGUCGCCACGGCGACCUGAAGCACUACCAGGACAUGCUGACGGACGCACAGGCGGCCAGCAAGGCGCACGUUGAGGAGGUGCUCGCGUACCAGGGACGUACCGACAUGGCGAGGGCCAUUGCCGACUGGCCUAUUCCCGUCAUGCCUGUGAAUGGAGCGAUGCUGAAGAAGCACAAUAUUAAGAAUGGGCCGGCGAUGGGCGCAUACCUCAGUACGCUGCGCAAACUCUGGCAGAAAAGUAACUUUACGCUGACAGCCGAAGAUCUGCUCAGCAAUCACCUGCAAAACUGAUGAUCGCGUGUGCGUGUGUUUGUGUGUGUGUGUGUGUGAGAGAGAGAGAGAGAGAGAGAGAGAGAGAGAGAGAGAGAGAGAGAGAGAGAGAGAGAGAGAGAGAGAGAGAGAGAGAGAGAGAGAGAGAGAGAGAGAGAGAGAGAGAGAGAGAGAGAGAGAGAGAGAGAGAGAGAGAGAGAGAGAGAGAGAGAGAGAGAGAGAGGUGUGUGUGUGUGUUGUGUGUGUUGCUACUUUUGCUGCUAGAAGCUCGCUGUGCGGGCGAUUUGCACCACCUCCUGUGGCCAUGCCGGAAAGUGCUGCUCUGCUGGAGCUGUCUUUGUUCGUAGAUAUGUGUGUGUAUGUGUUUGUGUGUGUCCGCGCGUGUGUUCGUGUGUAUGCUGAUGUACGUGUAUGUGUGUGUGUUCAUGGAUGUGCGCAGAGACCAUUGUCAAAGCACUUGAUACAGAGCCAGCAAGUCGUGGAUAUAUUCCUUCCCGGUAGCCCGUUGAUCGGGUGCGUAUGUACUCUUACUUUCUAUACUAUUCAACUCUUUCACGGUUUUACAAGUGAGGAUUUUAACUUGUUGAGUUCA